GGUUUUAGACGUUUUAACUCUCUCGUUCUGAUCGUUUUGGGGUUUAGAGAGAGAUUAUUCUGAUAUUCUCUCUCUCUCUCUCUCCCUCUCUCUCUUCUUUCUCUCUCUAGCUAAAUCACAGAGCUCUUUGUCGUUGUUUCCCAUCCUCCGCUUCUUUCUUCUGUUCUCAGCAGAAGCCAAGAGGAGACGAAAGAGCAGCAAAAAUGGCGACCCUUGUUCCUCCAGCCCCCGAGCAGAAGAGCAAAGAGGAUGAGAAAGUUGAUUACUUCAAUCUUCCUUGCCCCAUUCCCUACGAAGAGAUCCAUCGCGAAGCUCUCAUGUCCUUAAAGCCAGAACUUUUCGAGGGGAUGCGCUUUGAUUUUACCAAAGGAUUGAAUCAGAAAUUCUCACUCAGUCACAGUGUGUUCAUGGGGCCAACAGAGGUUCCUUCCCAGUCUUCUGAAACUAUCAAAAUCCCAACUGCUCACUAUGAGUUUGGGGCUAAUUAUAUAGACCCAAAGUUGAUGCUUUUUGGAAGAGUAUUAACCGAUGGGAGGUUAAAUGCAAGAGUGAAGUGCGAUUUGACUGAAAAUCUUAUUAUGAAGGCCAAUGCACAGCUCACAAAUGAGCCUCAUAUGUCGCAUGGCAUGGUCAACUUUGAUUACAAGGGUAGAGACUACAGGACACAGUUUCAAUUGGGGAAUGGUGCAUUAUUUGGGGCUAGCUACAUUCAGAGUGUGACUCCUCAUCUUUCUUUGGGUGGUGAAGUAUUUUGGGCUGGUCAGCACAGGAAGUCUGGUAUUGGGUAUGCUGCUAGAUACAACACCGACAAGAUGGUUGCCACGGGGCAAGUUGCUAGCACAGGAAUGGUUGCUCUUGGCUAUGUUCAAAAAGUAUCCGAGAAGGUUUCUCUAGCAUCAGACUUCAUGUACAACUACAUGUCAAGGGAAGUCACAGCUAGUUUUGGUUACGAUUAUAUCCUUAGACAGUGCCGUCUUAGAGGAAAGAUAGAUUCCAACGGGGUCGUGGCUGCCUUUCUGGAAGAACGACUAAAUAUGGGUCUUAAUUUCAUACUUUCUGCAGAGCUAGAUCACAAAAAGAAAGACUACAAGUUUGGGUUUGGAUUGACUGUUGGGGAGUAGAUUGGAAGAGGAGGACCAAAUGGUGUUCUUUUUUUGUCUUUAUUUCGUUUUAGUGUCGCCGGCGAUAAAGGGACUUCUUCUGCAUUGAUUUUUCAUGUGUUGAGUAGAUUCUCAGUUUUUACUUUUGUAAUAUGAGCAACAUUAUUUCUGGGCAGCAUUUAUCGCUGCCACUCUUCUAGUUUUACCAUUGAUGGAUUUUGCCUAUACAAUUACAGAAUGUUAUUUUAGAAUAAUGCAGAUUGGAUUCUUUAGCGCCA